AUGGCUUCCUCCGCCACUAAUCUCCUUCUAUCUUCAACCUUCAUCGGAACUAAUACCUUAAUCUCUCCUCCCACCCCCAAAACCACCAGAUCGACCACGCAUUUGCCUUCCUUUUCCAAGAGAAAAUUUGCUCUUACCCGAAGCGUUCUUAGUGAGAAACCCAAUUUCGAACCCAACAAAUCCAUUCCAUCGCAAGCUACUUUGGCUGCUCUUGUCUUCUCUUCGAUUGCGCCACAAGCUCUGGCAGUGGAUGACGUUAGCCCUCCGCCGCCUCCGCCGGUAAUUGAAGCUCAGGCGGUGAGUCCCAGUACUUCUACUUCCUCGCCCUUCUCCCAGAACCUUCUUCUUACUGCUCCCAAACCCCAAUCUCAAUCGGUUUCGGACCUUCCCGAAGGUAGUCAAUGGCGAUACAGUGAAUUCUUGAAUGCGGUGAAGAAAGGGAAGGUGGAACGAGUUAGGUUUAGUAAAGAUGGCUCUGCGCUUCAGCUUACUGCCAUUGAUGGCCGUCGUGCUACUGUGAUAGUUCCAAAUGACCCUGAUCUCAUCGACAUUCUUGCUAUGAAUGGUGUUGAUAUUUCGGUGUCUGAAGGCGAUACUGGUAAUGGGUUAUUCAAUUUUAUUGGUAAUUUGUUGUUCCCCUUUUUGGCUUUUGCUGGAUUGUUCUUCCUCUUCCGCCGUGCCCAGGGCGGCCCUGGCGGUCCUGGUGGACUGGGUGGACCGAUGGAUUUUGGAAGAUCGAAAUCCAAGUUCCAAGAAGUGCCUGAAACUGGUGUGACCUUCGCUGAUGUUGCUGGAGCUGACCAAGCCAAGCUUGAAUUGCAAGAAGUGGUUGAUUUCUUGAAAAACCCUGAUAAAUACACAGCUCUUGGAGCUAAAAUCCCAAAAGGGUGUCUCCUUGUCGGACCGCCCGGUACUGGAAAAACUCUUCUGGCUCGUGCCGUGGCCGGUGAAGCUGGUGUGCCAUUCUUCUCCUGUGCUGCCUCAGAGUUUGUAGAAUUGUUUGUUGGUGUGGGUGCUUCAAGAGUGCGGGACUUGUUUGACAAAGCCAAGUCCAAAGCUCCUUGCAUUGUGUUCAUUGAUGAGAUUGAUGCUGUUGGGAGACAGAGAGGGGCAGGUCUUGGAGGUGGAAAUGAUGAGAGAGAGCAAACAAUCAAUCAGCUAUUGACUGAGAUGGAUGGGUUUUCUGGUAAUUCUGGUGUGAUUGUGUUGGCUGCUACUAACAGACCAGAUGUUCUUGAUUCAGCAUUGUUAAGGCCCGGAAGGUUUGAUAGACAAGUUACCGUCGACCGUCCCGAUGUUGCCGGGAGAGUCAAGAUUCUUCAGGUGCACUCAAGAGGGAAGGCUCUUGCUAAAGAUGUCGACUUCGAAAAGAUAGCUAGGAGAACCCCUGGUUUUACAGGAGCUGAUUUGCAAAACUUGAUGAAUGAAGCAGCCAUUCUUGCAGCCCGGCGCGAUCUUAAGGAAAUUAGCAAAGAUGAGAUUUCAGAUGCUCUUGAGAGGAUAAUCGCAGGGCCAGAAAAGAAGAAUGCUGUUGUCUCGGAUGAGAAGAAGAAAUUAGUUGCUUACCAUGAGGCUGGGCAUGCUCUUGUUGGUGCUUUGAUGCCAGAAUACGAUCCCGUGGCAAAGAUAUCAAUCAUUCCCCGUGGCCAAGCUGGUGGACUUACCUUUUUUGCUCCAAGCGAAGAGAGACUCGAAUCUGGAUUGUAUAGCAGAAGCUACCUGGAGAAUCAAAUGGCUGUUGCCCUUGGAGGAAGGGUGGCCGAGGAGGUGAUAUUUGGAGAAGACAACGUGACAACGGGCGCAUCGAACGACUUCAUGCAAGUCUCUCGGGUGGCAAGACAAAUGGUUGAGAGGUUUGGAUUCAGUAAAAAGAUCGGACAAAUUGCAAUUGGUGGACCGGGCGGAAAUCCCUUCUUAGGUCAACAGAUGUCAUCCCAGAAAGAUUACUCUAUGGCAACUGCAGAUGUUGUGGAUGCAGAGGUUAGGGAGUUGGUAGAGAAAGCAUAUUCAAGGGCUAAGCAAAUUAUCACAACCCACAUCGACAUUCUUCAUAAGCUAGCGCAACUUCUUAUCGAGAAGGAAACUGUGGACGGGGAAGAGUUCAUGAGCCUUUUCAUCGAUGGAAAAGCUGAGUUAUAUGUUGCAUAGAAACAUGUCGACACGGAAUUGUAUUAUAAAUGUUAAAUACACAGAUGAAACAACUAAUCAUUUCCUUGAUUUCACAAAAUUACAUACUACUUGAUUGAUAACUUACA